AGGGGUGGGGUCAAACAGAACACCAGCCCACAUGAAACAUUAUCAUAUGCCUCUGCCUCUAGCUAGUUGUUUAAAUGCUUUUACAUUGCAUGUGUGGUGUCUGUAUAUUAGGGGUUGUUUAUGAGAGAGAGAGAGAGAGCGAGAGAGAGGUCUACGUAUAUUCAUGAGCAGAAAGGGGAACUCUAAUUUGGUCCAGACUCUCUCAAAGUGAACAACCAACACACUUGUAGUAGGUGAUCAUAGAGUUAACCAGUGGAUAUCUCCUGUCUAUUCUGUGUGUGUUUACCACCAUGCCAUCCUACACAGUGAUGGUGGCUACAGGGAGCCAAUGGUUUGCAGGGACUGAUGACUACAUAUACAUCACCCUGGUGGGAACAGAGGGCUGCAGUGAGAGGACUUUACUGGACAAACCAUUCUACAAUGACUUCGAGAGAGGGGCGGUGGACUCGUAUGAUGUGACGGUGGGGGAGAACCUGGGAGAGAUGGAGCUGGUGAAGGUAGAGAAGAAUAAGUACUGGGUUCAUGAUGACUGGUACUGUAAGUACAUCACAGUGAAGACUCCCUCUGGAGACUACGUAGAGUUCCCCUGCUUCCGAUGGCUGGUGGACGACAAGGAGGUGGUCCUUAGGGACGGCAGAGCACGGUUGCCAAAGGAUGACAAGACCAGACUGGAGAAGCAGCACCGGCGUAAAGAGCUGGAGAGCAGACGGAAAACCUACAGAUGGACUGAGUGGCAGCCUGGGUUUCCUAUGAGUAUAGAUGCCAACACACACAAGGAGCUUCCCAGAGACAUCCAGUUUGACAGCGAGAAAGGAGUGGACUUCAUUCUCAACUACAGUAAGGCGAUAGAGAACCUGUGUGUGAACCAGUUCAUGCACAUGUUCCAGUCCUCCUGGAAUGACUUUGCUGACUUUGAGCGGAUCUUCGUCAGGAUCAAAAACACCAUCUCAGAGUAUGUGAUGCAGCACUGGAAAGAGGACUUUAUGUUUGGAUACCAGUACCUGAACGGCUGUAACCCAGUGAUGAUUCAGAAGUGCACCAAGCUGCCAGAGAAGUUCCCCGUUACACACAACAUGGUGGCAGACUGUCUGGAGAGAGAGAUGACUCUGGAGGAGGAGAUCAAGGCUGGUAACAUCUACCUAGCAGACUAUGAGUUGAUGGAAGACAUCAGUCCCAACAGUACAGACCCCUGUACUCUACAGUACCUGGCUGCUCCUAUCUGUAUGCUGUACAAUAACAGCCAGAGCAAGAUCCUGCCUCUGGCCAUACAGCUGGGUCAGACUCCAGGGAAAGACAACCCUAUCUUCCUGCCCAGUGAUGGUCAGUAUGACUGGAUGCUAGCUAAGAUCUGGGUCCGCUCCUCUGACUUCCACAUCCACCAGACAGUCACACACCUGCUGAGGACUCACCUGGUCUCUGAGGUGUUUGGAGUGGCCAUGUUCAGACAGCUGCCUGCUGUACACCCUGCAUAUAAGUUGCUCCUUCCUCACAUUCGUUUCACCAUCGCCAUCAACACCAAGGCCAGAGAGCAACUCAUCUGUGAGUUUGGCAUCUUCGAUAAGGCCAAUGGUACAGGAGGUGGAGGUCAUGUUGAGAUGAUCCAGAAGGCCAUGAGGUCACUGACCUUCAGAUCUUUGUGUUUCCCUGAUGCCAUUAAGGCACGCGGGAUGGACAGCCCUGAGGACCUUCCCUACUACUACUACAGAGAUGACGGGAACAGGGUCUGGGAUGCCACCAAGAGUUUUGUGUGGGACGUGGUGUGUAUCUACUAUGACAGUGACAACACAGUACAGAAGGAUGAGGAGAUCCAGGCGUUCGUUAAAGAUGUCUGCAGCUUUGGGAUGCAGGACCUUGAUUGCUGUGAGUUUCCCAAAUCCCUGAAGACACGUGAGGAUCUCACGGAGUACCUGACUGUCAUCAUCUUCACUGCCUCUGCUCACCAUGCUGCUGUCAACUUCGGACAGUAUGACUGGUGCUCGUGGAUCCCCAACGCGCCCCCCACCAUGCGGAAGCCCCCUCCCACACAGAAGGGGGUGGUAGAUGUGAAGUUCAUCAUCGAGAGUCUCCCUGACCGCGGCCGGUCCUGCUGGCACCUAGGGGCUGUCUGGGCCCUUAGUCAGUUCCAGGAGAAUGAACUGUUCCUGGGGAUGUAUCCAGAUGAGCACUUCAUAGAGAAGCCAGUGAAGGAGGCCAUGGAAUCGUUCAGGCAGAGACUGGCAGAGGUCAGCAGUGCCAUCAAGAUCCGCAACGAAGGCAAGAAACUACCCUACUACUACUUCUCUCCUGACCGCAUCCCUAACAGUGUGGCUGUCUGAAAGAGGGAUGGAGGAGGGUGAGAGGAAGGAUGGGAGCGAGAGCGAGGGAGUGAUGGAGGGAGAUAUUGUGAACAGUGAUUUAUGGUGUUGUUUCUUACACAGUGCUAUAUGUAUAUUGUGCUAUGAUAAGCACAUACCCACUGAUGCAAUUCAUCUUUUUUUGCCAGCGAUUUUUAGAAACAGAAAGUGAAUCAUCAUUGUUGUACAAUUCAAAUGUCAAAUAAAAAUUCUCAAAAUGUG